AUGAAACUAACAUUGCUUAGCUUAUGUCUGGAAGCUGUUAUUGUAUCUGGAAUUUACGUGGACUACGGAAAUCCGUACAAGCAGGGUCUUCUGAGAGUCGGACAACUUACACUGAGCGAGACAGGAGAUGGCAGUCCGCUGCACACUGUUGCGUUUUUCCCUCUAGAGGUUGGUGACUAUCCUGUGGUGUACUUUCUGGGCGGCCUCAACACCUAUGUAUUGGCAGAAUUAUACUCUACAGUCCUGUCUUCUAUUGCAUCACACGGCUUCUUCGUGUUUGGAGUGGAUUACCAGUUUCCUGUAUAUGACGAUAGAUAUAUUCCUCAGAAACCAAAUUAUGGGAAACAGGAUAUUGAUAAAUUUUUUAAGGAGUUGACGUGGCUGGAGACGUAUUUCAGAAAUAAAACACUUUCCACACCGAAGUUUAACUUAACAGGGUUGCUUUGUCAUUCUUCCGGAUGUGACAUCAGCAUGAAGAUGAUCAAAGAAAAAGGCGCAUUAUUCACAUCCACCAUUUUCCUGGAGCCUUUUACUACGGAAAUCGAAACCCCAAUCAAGAAUGGCAUGCCCGCUCUGAUGUAUGGAACACAACUCUCAGAGGAGGGUGUCAAAUGUGCCAUACCUGGAUUCGAUUACAAUAAGCUCUACGAUAUAUGGUCCUGUCCUCGUGUGGUGAUGAAUGUGGCGAAUUUUGGUCAUUGUGAUAUUCUGGACCCAGUGCCCUGGAAACUUUGCCACACCACUCACUUCUGUAAGACAACGAACGAGACAUUUUUACCGGAGUAUCGUCAAUUCGUACAAGGAGUGACGUCAGCUUUCUUUGUCUCCACCCUACAGGGUUUAACAAAAGACAUCUCUUACGUGACAGUGCAAAAUCUCAUUCCUUUUAAACUGCUUGAAUUAAAAUCUGAUAUUACAUGUUGAAAUGGGG